ACGCAAUUAUAUUCUAAGUAAGGCUGGCUGGAGUAGUGCGAGGGUGUGCUGUGUCGUGUGGUCCCGUAUUCUGCGCGCGACGCGUGCCGGUUUGCCAAGCCGGGUGCAGGAAAGUUCGUAGCGUGAGAGCGUCGAAAAGCUCUGUCCGAGAAGGAGCAGCGAGCGAGUGGCCUGUGGGUUGCGCGAAACUUCAGCAUCUCCGUGCCAAAAGCAGCUAAUUCGCCGCCAUAAACGGCAGGCUUGACCUCUCGUAUUGCCGAUUGGUAUGACUCACGAGGUUCAACGCGCUAAGAGGCUUUAGUUCUAGACGCAGAAAGAAAGACUAAAAACAUGGGAUGCAUUGUGGGCCGAAGCCUCGGUCCAGACGAUACGGGGUACCCUGGAUCAGGAUUCAUGGCGGCCAUAAGGAAAAAAUUGGUGAUCGUGGGCGACGGUGCCUGCGGUAAAACGUGCCUGCUGAUUGUCUUCAGUAAGGAUCAAUUUCCCGAGGUGUAUGUGCCCACGGUAUUCGAGAAUUACGUAGCGGACAUCGAGGUCGAUGGAAAACAGGUGGAACUGGCCCUGUGGGACACAGCUGGGCAGGAGGACUACGACAGGUUGCGUCCACUGUCCUAUCCGGACACGGACGUUAUCCUGAUGUGCUUCUCGAUCGACAGUCCCGAUUCCCUGGAGAACAUUCCCGAGAAGUGGACCCCGGAGGUGAAGCACUUCUGUCCCAACGUGCCCAUAAUCCUCGUGGGAAACAAAAAAGACCUGCGCAACGAUCCCACCACGAUCAAGGAGCUCGGUAAGAUGAAGCAGGAGCCGGUAAAGCCGGAGGAGGGCCGAGCAAUGGCGGAGAAAAUAAAUGCCUUCGCCUACCUCGAAUGCUCCGCCAAGAGCAAGGAGGGCGUUCGAGAAGUAUUUGAAACGGCGACCAGAGCCGCGCUACAAGUGAAGAAGAAGAAGAAGGGAAGGUGUAGGCUGCUUUAAGGUGUAUUAUGCCGCGCGGGUCCGAAUCGAGUAACAUGGAAUUGCGGAGCUAGCUGCACCCGACGCUAGUCGUGAUGCCGGAGGCCCCAGCAUAAACCAAAAUAACAUCUUAUCUUUAAUUAUUUUACAUAGUAAACAAAAAAAACAACAGAACAAGAGCCAACACUGAAUAGAUAGAGAGUGAGAGAGAGAGAGAGAGAGAGAGAGAGAGAGAGAGAGAGAGAGAGAGAAUGGAAAAAAAAAGUAACGGGAUAAAUAUGCAACGCGAUCCGUCGUCGGGCGACGAAGACGUUCCGAAAAACAUUGACGAGAAUCAGUAUAUACAGUUAUACAGACACGUACAUAUAUGCACACACACACACACACACAACAACAACAACAACACACAAAUUAAAGAAAAAGGAAAAAAAAAGAAGGAAACACAAAGAUCCAUAUAUUCUAAUAAUUACUCGAUUGUAUUUUUCAAAGUUAACGAAUUGUGCUUCAAGUUCGAGCAAUUAAAAAUUGUCAUACCAACAA